CCAAGAUUUUUAAGUGAACAUGACGCAGAUGAUGUGAGGUUAAUGUUGAUACCUCAGCGUUCAGCUCGUUGACUCACAGACCAGACUGACUCUUCACCAUGUCUCGAGAGCAGCUUGCUGUUCAACAGGCCAGAAAGGCUUUCUUGACCGGAAGAUCCAAACCCCUGGACUACAGAAUCAAACAACUUAAAAACCUAAAUCGAUUCAUUAAAGAAAGAGCAGCAGACAUCACUAAUGCCCUGAGAAAAGAUCUCCAUAAGAGCGCAAACUCAACACAGUUGUUUGAGAUCCUUGGCUUGGAGGGAGAGAUCAAUCUGGCUGUCAGCAAACUGGCUGAGUGGGCAGCACCUCGUCCUGUGAAUAAAAACCUUCUGACCCUCUCAGACGAUGUGUUCCUACAGCCAGAGCCUCUUGGUGUUGUGCUCAUCAUUGGGGCGUGGAACUAUCCAAUAGCAGUUACCUUGCAACCCCUUGUUGGUGCCAUUGCUGCAGGUAAUGCUGUAGUGGUGAAGCCAUCAGAAGUGAGCUCGCACACAGCCAGCGUUAUGGAGCUCAUGUCUCUCUAUCUGGAUUCUGAGAUGUAUCAAGUGGUGACAGGAGGGGUUCCAGAGACUCAGGAGCUGCUGAAGCAGCGUUUUGACCACAUCUUUUACACUGGAAACAGCACAGUAGGGAAACUUGUUAUGGAAGCAGCAGCUCGUCACCUCACACCAGUCACUUUAGAACUGGGUGGAAAAAGCCCUUGUUAUAUUGACAAGAACUGUGACAUUAGAAUUGCUUGCCGUCGCAUUACUUGGGGAAAGUAUUUGAACUGCGGUCAGACCUGCAUUGCUCCUGAUUACAUCCUCUGUGAAUCCAGCAUCCAAGACAGGGUCAUCGAUGAGAUCCAGAAAUGCAUCAAGGAAUUUUAUACAACUGACCCCAAGGCCUUUGAAGACUAUGGACGGAUUAUCAACCAACGGCAUUAUAAAAGGAUAAUGGCACUUUUGGAGGGUAGCACAGUGGCUAUAGGAGGAGACAGUGAUGAAUCUGUGUGUUACAUUGCUCCCACUGUUUUAAGAGACGUGACGCCAGCAUCAAAAGUGAUGCAGGAAGAGAUCUUCGGGCCAAUUCUGCCCAUCGUCACUGUCAAUGGCUUAAAAGAAGCCAUUGAGUUCAUCAACGAUCGAGAAAAGCCACUAGCUCUCUAUGUCUUCUCUUCUAGUAAAAAGGUCAUUAAACAGAUGGUAUCGGAGACGUCUAGCGGUGCGCUCUUAGCCAAUGACUGCAUGGUGCAUUUCACCCUAAGUGAUUUGCCUUUUGGAGGGGUUGGGUAUAGUGGAACCGGUCGUUACCAUGGUAAAUACAGUUUCGAUCAGGUCAGUCACCUUCGCAGCUGCCUUAUUAAGAAGCUGAACAUGGAGGCAGUAAAUCAGAUGCGCUACCCGCCCCAUACAACCGAGAAGUUACGCUGGGCCCGUGUUCUUCUCUUAAAGCAAAUAAAUGUGACUCGGUGGCGUCAGAUGGCACAGGUUGCUGUACUUGCAGCACUUGCCGCUUUUGUGGUAAAGAGGUUUUUGCGGUGACAAGUGGAGGAAAACAUGAAGAUUGUCUUUAUGACCCCAUCAUCACCCAUUAACUUAGAGGGCUGUUGAUUUGCUAUCAGCCUUUGCAUAUUAAAUAUGUUAAUGUUUAUCCAACACUAACUGUAAAUGGAGAAGAUGGAGAGCCUGCAUACCUUUUUAAAUCAGAUGAUAUCAAUUCAUGUCUUUGUUACUGCCCUUGAUGUUCUGUUAACAAGUAAUAAAUCAUGUUUGUUUUUUUUAAUAGGGGUGAUACACAUAUUGGUGAUAUUUAAUAAUAGCCUUGAUUAAAUGGUUAUUAGCAAGCAAUAUGUAAUUAAGUGAAAACGUAAUCUUGAGAGUUUGAUACCAUAUCUAAAAGUUUAUUAUCUUCAGAUAAAAUAGAUUACGUUCUCUUUAAUAUUGAGGUGUUGUGCAUUUGAAUAAACAUCAUCUGUAUUACA